AUGAGUCAAAAUGAGGAUGCUUCGAUCAACUGGGAGGUCUCUGCAUUUGGAAGAUCAUUUCACGUACAGCUCUCUCUGCAUCACGAUAUCAUCAGCAAAGAUGCUCAACUAACUGUUGUUAAAACUGAAAGCACAAUCACGAAAAACCUAGUUUCCAAGCUCUACAGGGGCUUCCUUAAAGAUGAUGAGCACUCUUCCAUACAUGGCCAUAUCAUCAAUGGCACCUUUGAUGGAAUCAUCAAGACAUCUAACGAGACUUAUCACUUAGAACCAUCAGUCCGUUUCCUCAUAGAGCCAGAAUUUCACUCAGUGAUCUACCGUGCUACAGACAUUCAAAUUAACAACAAGCAAGCUAAGACAGGCCCCUGUCAACUAUGUAGUGUAACCUUUGCACCGCCCAACAGUCAAACUAAAGAUGUCUUCAAGAGGAUAAUAAGAAAUUCAAUAGACUCAUCACAAUCACAAGAUGAAACCGAUGAAUCAAACGCCAGAGAGCGCCAAACUGAGUUUGAUCAGACAGCUAAGACAUGUGUACUCUACAUAGUUAUAGAUCAUACUUUCUUCAAGGAAGUGGCAGGUAGUGAUGUAUCUAUGGCAAUAGCAGAGGUUGCAUUUCACAUUGCGGAGGCUGACUCUGUGUAUAGAGCUACAGAUUUUGAUGGGGACGGCAUCGCGGAUAAUGUUGGUCUAGCCAUCGGAGGGGCCACCAUCUUCGAGUCAGAAUCUGCUCAGAAUUAUCUCAUCUCCCGGGAGUACCAGGAUGCGUAUCGUUUCCUGUCUGACUUCUCCCUGUAUGACUUCAGUUCUUAUUGUAUGGGUCUGGCUUUCACUUAUCGGGAUUUCAAUGAAGGAAUCUUGGGCCUGGCAUGGAUGGGAUACCCUGGCUCCGAUAACCCACCAGGAGGGAUAUGUCAGAAGCAAGUUGUGUACAUGGAUGAAGGGCAGCCCAGCAGUCUGAACACUGCCAUUGUUACUCUACUCAACUUUGGUGUGUAUAUGCCACGCAGUGUUAGUGUCACUUCAGUCCUACAUGAGCUGGGCCAUGGAUUUGGAAGCGAGCAUGACCCACAAAGCCAGAGUUGUUCCCCGUCUGGCUCCCAAGGUAACUACAUCAUGUACUCUCAAGCUACCGAUGGGAACAGACCAAAUAAUGAUCGCUUCUCAAGCUGCUCCAGGAGCCAGAUUGCAGCCAUGAUCACAUCCAAAGGUCAUCAAUGCUUGAAAUCCCAAGUAGCUCAGUAUUGCGGUAAUGGAUUAGUUGAAGACGGAGAGGAGUGCGAUUGUGGAAGUGAUUCUAUGUGUGCCUACGCUGAUAACUGCUGUACACCAAGGGGGGGCCUUGGAACUGAUCCAGAGUGUACCUUCAGAAGACAACUUGGCCGAGUUUGUAGUCCAUUGACAUCCAAGUGUUGCGAUUCUAGAUGUCAUUUAAUACCUGCAACUUGGUAUGUACAAUGUUCAUCCAGUGAAGAAUGUCAACAAGAGUCAUUCUGCAAUGGCUCCAGUGCGGUCUGUCCCCAGUCUGAAUCUCAACCUGAUGGUUCUAGGUGUGACGGAGACGUUAAUAGAUGCUUUGAUGGUCAAUGUGUCUUAGGCCCAUGCUAUGAUCUAGGUCUUCAAGAAUGCUUAUGUAACUAUGACGUCAACAACCCCCAACAGAGCUGUCAACUCUGCUGCCAGGUGGAUAGUGAGUGUGUACCAGCUGUGAGUCUUGGAUUGGUAGCAGCCAAUGGAGAUAUUAUACAGAAACAACCUGGCAGUGUAUGUCAUGCUUAUACAGGAUAUUGUGAUCUUAAAGGUGAUUGUGUGACAUUGGACACAGACUCUGCACUGGAUAAACUCAAGAAUCUCUUCACUAAAACGCAUUCUAAAGAUGUAGCCUACUGGCUGUAUAGAAACUGGUACUAUCUGGUAUGUGGUGUGCUCAGCUUUGGUAUAGUGUCUUUGAUGGUCAGAAUCACACGUGAUUAUUGGGGGAACAUGCGAAGCGCUGUCCGGAGAAUACGUGAGAAUACAUCAAGUACUGCAGAACAUGCAAGACAAGAACACUUGAACCAAGUAGAUUCAACCACCGAACCACAUGAUGCUGCAACCAUCAUACCCACGGUCUGUAACAGUGUAACUCAGGUUUAAUACCAAGAUACAACAUACUCAUUUCAGCUGAUGGAGUCGUAAUAAUUGGCAAUAAACUUGAAAUUAAAACAUGAAGAUGAUAUCACUGUACAUCUUCAAGAACACUCAAGUAUCAGAAACGUUGCUGGUAUUUAAUGUUAAAUGUGGAAG